GUAAAAACUGAAGUUAUCCGAGUAAAGGCGAUUUGCCCGCGCUGAUAACAAUCAACUUAGGAGCACAAAUCCAGAUUUCUCCAUUUUUAGGAAAAGGACAUCAAACUAUAUCAUGUGCUCAAAGUUACUGUAACCAUGGUUUUGUGAAAUGUGUGAUUCCAGAUGUCGGAAGUUGGAGCACACUAUGACUUCAGUAUUUAUCGGAUCUAACGUCAGUUUUUUAAUCAUUCGAUUUGUCUGAUAAAGAAAGAGAAAAAAAAGAGAAAAAAGUUGAGGGCUUUCUUUUUGGGAGGCUAUGAUCUGAUUAAGCUUUUGUGAGAUUGAGGGCCAUUUGAUAACAAAAAGAAAUGAAACAAAAUUCAUGGGUUUGUACUUUAGCCACUCAGAUUUCCCUCUGGUUUGCUCUUUACCUUGCAUUCAAGGUGGGUCAACCUCAAGAAGCUUUCUUUGAGAAUGGCGGGACUUCUGAAAGCAUUAAAUCCUUUGAUUUCUACUUCAUCAGUGUUGAAGGAGAUUUUAGGCCACAAAAUGAACAGGCCCUUCUUCUCAGACAGAUGGCAAAGGUUGCAGAAUUGUUCAAAGCACAGUUUGUGUUGAGCAUUUGUGAACUUGGACAAGCUGAUCCUCUACGCCUGAACGGAACACGGUAUUUUCGGUCUCUGAAAAUUCCCUGGUACACGACAAAAUCAUCAUUCGAUGCACAAGGAGCAGAUACUUACCUCAAUCGUACAAAGAUUCCAUAUCGAAAGACCUUGGAGAUUGUUUUUGUUAAUCAUGCUCAUCUUUGGAAACUCGACUACAAGCAUUUAUUACAUGAAUUAGGAUUCAUGGUGAUGCGGAACAGGAACGAGAGGAACGAGAGAAAACAGAGCCGCCUCUGAAUUUUCAAUCUCAAUUAAAUUAUCAAUAAAAAACUGCCUAAACGUAUCACUACAGACCCUUAAAUAGCCAA